CUGGCCCCGCCCCCUUGGCGCCUCCCCGCCUUCGGGCCCUCCCUUUGCACGUGUUUCCCUCCCUCCCUCCCUCCCGGGAGCAGACCGCGCUCAGUCGGGUCCCGGAGGAGGGCGACACGCGUGUACACAGCCAUGGCUGCCGACCCGGGUCGUGCGAACGGCCUUCCCGGGGUUCUUCCCAGCGAAUCGGAGCCCCUCCGACGCCGGAGGUACACGCAGGACAAUUUCGAGUUCCCCAGAGAUCUUGAUCACCGGAGGGGGUCCCUAUGCGACAAACAUUGUGCCGCCAUAAACAACAUCCAUGGAGACCCCGGGGAGGCGCAUUCGGAGUCGCACCACUAUGGGCACGGCUUCAUUACACCCAGGAUGCUGCCAGGUGCUGCACCCUGCCUCGAGCUGCAGGGAGAGGCGGGCUGCCCGCUUCACUCGGAGGAAGUACAAACUUGCGACGCCUGCCUGGUGAAAAUCACGGCGGAGAACGAGGUGGAGGCACACAAGCUUUCCAACAACUACAAGUUUGGCUUUAAGAAAUGGAAGAGCCACGUGACGGAGCGGCCCUGGGAAGACCGCUCUGAGAUUGUGAAGGAGCUCUACUCCGACCUCAACGUCGUCCGGAGCCCUUCAGGCUCCAUGCUGACCUUUGGGAACCUGUAUUACUUGCUGUUCUUCGGGUGGUGGCUGGCCUUGCUCUACCUCCUGGUCUCCCUCCUGAUGUUCCUGACGGUGCUGGGAGCUCCAUACGGAAAACUUUGUUGGAAACUUGCCUGGUAUUUCCUUUGGCCUUUUGGGAAAGUGAUUCAGAAGAUGCGGUCUUACAACCACAACUGCAACAUGAAGUUCUGCAAGUACGACGUCAUUCCGGAAGGCAAGGAGGCCAACCCACUCCUGACGCAGCAGGAGGAACCGGUCAAGCCGGACCCUGACACACACUGGCGCCGUCCCAGCACCGUGAUCUGGCUCCUCUCGGGCUACCCGUUCCUCUGCGUGGCCCACGGCCUGAUCUGCCUGGUCUCCUGGCUCCUGGUCUUCAACAUCCCCAUCGCCAAGAUGAAUGCCCGCGCCAUCGCCAGGGUCCUGCUCCUGCCCCCGGAACGCGUCCACAUCCAGAGCCUCCGGAAGACCUCUGUGCUCCUGGAUGCCGAGGUGGUCCUUUGCUGCUACCGCGCUUGCAACGCUUAUUAUUACAAAUACGCCGUGGACGGAAUCAACGUCUUUGCCGUCAAUCUGCUUCCCCUGGUGAUUGUGACCCUGGCGCUGGGCUACGGAGACAAGCACAACCACUACACCAGCUCCGUCACCAAGUUCACCUUGGCCCUGCUCUCCAUCAUGCCCCUCUCCUACUACAUAGGCAUGGCCAUUGCCAGCAUCUCUGCCCAGAGCAACUUUGCGGUGGGCGCGGUGGUGAACGCCACCUUCGGCUCCAUCACGGAGCUGACCUUCUACAUCACGGCGCUCAUCAAAGGCGCCCGGGAGAAGAACAAGUGCUACGAGGAAAUCGUCAAGUCCGCCCUGACCGGCACCCUCCUGGGCUGCGUCCUCUUCAUCCCCGGGCUGUGCAUGGUCAUCGGAGGCAUCCGGCACCAAGAGCAGAGGUUCAACAGCCGGUCCGCUGGAGUCAGCUCCGCCCUGCUCUUCCUCUCUGUUGGAGGUGUCUUUGCGCCCACCCUCUUCUCCAAGGUCUACGGGCGGCUGGUCUGCGGGGAAUGCCAUAACAUCACGCAGGAGCCACCCGGGCAUUACGUCUGCCAGAGCUGCCACUUCGACCUGAUGGAGAACAACGGCACCUUGUACUACAGCCAUGUUGAGCCCCUGGUCUACACCGUCUCGCUGCUGCUUCCCGUGGCGUACAUCAUUGGGCUCGUCUUUGCCUUGAAGACUCACUCGCACAUCUACGACAUUCACGUCAGCGACUGCCACCUGCCGGGCCACCACCACAGCGCCGUGGUGCACUGGUCGCGCUGGAGGGCCAUGGUCAUCCUGCUUCUGGCCACGCUCUGCAUGUCGGCCUGCGCGGACCUGGCCACCGAGCACAUCAGCCCCAUCCUGGAAAACUCACCUGUAUCUCAGUAUUUCAUUGGCGUGACGGUGCUUGCGAUGGUCCCAGAGCUUCCCGAAAUUGUCAACGGGAUCCAGUUUGCGCUCCAGAACAAUCUCAGCUUAAGCAUCGAGAUCGGGAACAGCAUUGCCGUCCAGGUGUGCAUGCUGCAGAUCCCCAUCGUGGUGCUCUUCACCGUCUUCUAUCCGACGGAUUUCAUCUUGGUCUUCAGCGACCUCCACGUUUACGCCAGCAUUUUCAGCGUGGUCCUCAUGAAUUAUAUCUUCAUGGAUGGCAAGUGUGACUACUUCCAAGGUACGGUGCUGGUGAUGGUCUACUUCAUCCUCAUGGCUGUCUACUACUUUGCUCCUUCUCCCGCUGGAUGCUGAAGUUUUCACCGGACUCUUCAUUGUUCUGCCUUCUUUUUUUGGAACAGCAUCUGCCUCCCUGUUAAGUCAAGAAUACAUCAAUCUCCAAGACUUGGGCUGGAUAUGGCUUCCUUUUUAAAUUCAAUGUGGUCAAGCUCAAGGCCCUCCUGCAGGCUCCUUCCAAAGUCCAUCUCAUAAACGUUUGUUUGAAUUGGGAGCCAUAAAAGGUUUUCGGCGUCUCUUGGAACUCACCAAGAAAGGGAUGAAAGGACUCAUUUCCCAAGGAGAUCCCAAUAAGUUAAGAGAAGUUCUGUGACUUUUAAAGACUCUUGUUGGGAUUGUAUUGCGUCUUCUGUGAUGUCCAACCAUUGAUGGCUGCCUCUGGUCCUUUUGCUGCGGAGAGACAGGAGCAUCUCCAAGUCAAGCUCUUGCUUGGCUUUACGCGGAACAUAAUAAAUAAGUAGUCUUUAUUUUG